GGGCGGGGCGGUUGCUAAGACUUGGCGAAGCGCGGCGCUCGUGCCCGUCUCCUUCAGGUGGCACAGGCUUCAGCCCCACGCCGGGUCGGCUGCAGCAGAAAUGCCAGAAAAGGAGAACAACUUCCCGCCCCUGCCUGGGUUUAUCCCCCUGAAGCCCUGCUUCUACCAGAACUUCUCCGAUGAGAUCCCCAUUGAGCACCAGGUGCUGGUGAAGAGGAUCUACCGGCUGUGGAUGUUUUACUGUGCUACCCUCGCGGUCAACCUCAUCGCCUGCCUGGCCUGGUGGAUCGGUGGUGGCUCGGGAGCCAACUUUGGCCUGGCCUUGGUCUGGCUGCUGCUGUUCAGCCCCUGUGGCUACGUGUGCUGGUUCCGACCCGUCUACAAGGCCUUCCGAGCCGACAGCUCCUUUAACUUCAUGGCGUUUUUCUUUAUCUUUGGAGCCCAGUUUGUCCUGACUGUCAUCCAGGCGAUCGGCUUCUCAGGAUGGGGUGCAUGUGGUUGGCUGGCAGCAAUCGGGUUCUUCCAGAACAGCGUUGGGGCUGCCGUGGUCAUGCUGCUGCCGGCCAUCAUGUUCUCCCUGUCGGCUGCCAUGAUGGCCAUUGUGAUCAUGAAGGUGCACAGGAUCUACCGAGGGGGCGGCGGAAGCUUCCAGAAGGCGCAGACAGAGUGGAGCACGGGUGCUUGGCGGAACCCUCCAUCGCGGGAGGCCCAGUACAACAACUUCUCUGGGAACAGCCUGCCCGAGUACCCCACUGUGCCCAACUACCCAGCCAGUGGCAGCCAGUGGCCUUAGAGGAAGAUGGCCAGCCCUGCGGCCCGCCUACCACCCCCUGCCCCUCCAUUCCCACCACCGCCCUCGGUCCGGUGAGGCCUAGAGUGUCUGUCCCUACACCCUCCCAGGUGGGCCUAACCAGGGGCUUCCUCAGCCAGGGCAAGCACCGCCUGGCUGCUGGCUGACCCUGUCACCAGCAGAAGGAUACCCUCUUGGUCCUAAAAGCGUGCGGUCGCUGUGAUGUCUAUGACGCAGCAGGCACAGCCUUUUCUCCCCAGGUUGCAUGGGGCUGACCAGCCGCACCCCCUGAGGGAGGUGGCAGCAGGCUGACCGCCCUCCCGUUCUUCCAGAGCAGCCGGCGGCUGAAGCGGGAGCCCUCCUGGCACUGGGCUCCGUCUCUGCCCACCACCCACCCAUCACCAGGGCAGACUCCCUGGCCCUGAAGCAGGAAGAGGCCUCGCAGCGCCAGCUCGCAGUCCCCGCAGGUGGCCGAGGGGCUCAUUGUACAGCCCAGUCCCAUGCUUUGUUAUCCUCCAAAGUCCCCUUCCACAGCUAAUGACUCCACAGAGCAGCCCACGGGGCACCCAAGCAGGUCGACCAUGAUCUGUGCGUCUCCCCGGCCCCCAGCCUACCUCCCCACCUCUCUUCCCCCAUAACCGAGAGAUUCAGGAACUCCAUCAGCUGGUGUGGUUACUGGAGAUGGUCCCCUCCUCGAACCAGGGACCUUGGGCACAACCUCUGCUCCCCGAGAUCCAAGACCCGGUUCCUUUGCUGGAGGAGAGAGAGGCCAGGUGGGGAGCAUGGCCUCCCCCCCCAGACAAAGCAAACGUAUAGGAAGAUGCAGAGCGUCCGUGGGCCACGUGUACCCCAGCACUGGAGAGUGACACCGGGGACUGGAUGCUUCUGCCUGGACGUUGGGAUCCUUCUCAGUCUGCAGGAAGCAGAGACAGUUUCCCAGGAGGCAGGAGUCCUCCAAGAAUGACCUUUUACGAAGAAACAAGACGUGACGCAUCUCUGUGCCUUCAGCAAACAGCCCCUCUUUUCUCCCCUCCCAUCCUGUCACUGCUCACUGCCACUGAGACGGUUUUGUCUUUGUCGGAAGAGCUGGAACACAUCCCGCGGGGAUUCCCGCAGCACCUUUGAUAAUGGUUGGGCCAGAAACAAACGUUCCCUCAGCAGCCGUUCCCCACCCACUGGCCACGUCCUUGUGGGCACCCCGGUAGCUGCCCCUCCUGGAGGACAGGGACCCCCUCCCCAGCACCGACCGACCACACAGGGAUGUCUUCCCAGCAGGCAGGCAGCCCAGGUGGAGAACCUGCGGGGCUGCAGAUCCAAGCCUGGGGACCCCCGGGUCCUCAGCCAUGCCCCAGCCCACCUCCUGCCCCCACGCGGAGUGAGGUGGAGGCCAUGAGCCGGGUGUGGGAAAGAGCGUCUGGGUUCGCCAGCAGCCCCCACCCCUCCCCGCCGCGUUGUGCACUCUCAUGACAUUGUGCUGGUUUUUGUUAUGUGAAAAUAUUCUGGAAUUAAAUUCUCUUUCUGCAUCAGAUCGAGCGAGGGCA